AUGGAGAUGGUCGGUGAAAGAGAGAACAAGCUCACUUACACGCUGCACAUCCCGACAGAGGAAAUGACUCUUCUCCGCGUCAUGUCCCGCCCAGUGGUCUUCUUCCGCUUCUUGAGCGGCAAGAAGGACUACUUCCUCGAGAAGGAGCAGAGGACUGUACUGCUUCCAAUGUGGAAGACACACAAUGAGAAGGAAAGAGUGUUCGAGAUCGCUGGAAUCAAGACUGUUCUCCGCGGAAACUGGCUGAACAAGUGGAACAUGCGCAAUGUUCUUCUUGGAGAGUACGACUGGGAGUUCGUCAUGAUGCCAACACAGCACACGCCGAAGAAGAUCCGCUUCAUCUUCACAAUGGACAAAAUAGAGAGGUUCCAAAUGGAGAGGCCCGACUUCACGAACCUCUUCGAGAAGGAAUUCGAGAUUGAGGAGAACGAGUACGAGAGACUUGAGGAGAGAGAGCGCCGUGAGAGAUUCGAGAUGAGAAUUCGCGACGUCGAGAGGUCCGAAGGAUACAAGCACCGCUUGCACCUCAGGGUCGAAAACGUCGACACGAUGCGCCACUACGGCGAGGUCGAGAUGGUCACGAUCUGCGACGAGGAGCUCCGCUACUGCAAGCUGAACGUAGAAGGCAAACGUACCCCCAUGCUGCACGACGAGAGGAACGAGUGGAGGUUCAACACCAAGAUCCAGUUCCUGCUGCCCCACAUGCCGAAAACCCUGAAGGAGCUCAAGGAGCAGGUGCACCGCGAGAUCCAGGGACUCGUUGAGAUGAAAUGGGGAGAAGACCAGUGGAACGAGCUCAAGAUGAAGAUCCAGCUGGAGCAGGACAAGCACCAGAGGAGAUGGCUAAAACUGCUCGAGAAGGAGCACAAGGGACUCAACGCCUACGAGCUCCUCCUCAAAGCCGCUCGCCUGAACCAGCUCAAGACCGUUGUUGAGUACAAACUUACGCCAUUCUAUGAGCACCUGUUCGAAAGAGUCUACAACUUCCUUAGAGGCUACACCUUCUGGAACUGCAGAGUCACAAAGGUCACCAGCGAACGCAAUCGCCUCUUCUUCAAACUGAAUGUCGACCCCGUGAGCCGAAACCUGAUCAACUUCGUCCUGAAGACUCCCUAUGAGCAGAUGGAGCUGUACGACUUCUACGUUCCACGACUCUAUCUUCCCUCAAUCGCCAGGAGGACUCUCCGUGACAUCCGCGACGAGAUGGUGAAGGAACGUGUGUGCGAAGUUAAGAGCACCAAGGUCAGGACCUUCGACGACGUCGUCUUCCGCGCCCCGCUCACCAACUGCUACCAUGUCAUUGCCAAGGACUGCACUGAGGAACAGCGCUUCGCUGUACUUGUCAAGAAACCCAGGAAGGACUCGGAGGAGAAG